UUUUGCACUGGAACAUGCUGCAACUCAGUACUAACUGAGGAAGAAUCAGCCAAGCCUAAACAAACACAGAAUAAACACAGAAUCCAUUUUAAUAAACUUAAACCAGUUGCCAAGGCAGCCACACAGCAAGACCCCCGGAGUACCACUGCACCACAAGAUCGAAGCGAGAGAGGUGGAAGCAUUCAACAGCUCACCCAGCAAGCUGGCCCCUGAGAGAGAGCUGAGUGAGAUGUACUUGGAAGAGAGCAGGACCAGUGCUACUGUCAACUAUAUGGAUAACAAAUAUGAGUUUGCUUUGGCUUCUUCUGCUGCUGCCCCUCUCUACAACCCCUCCAACCUGGCGUAUCACACUGCUCCCCUGGAAUCCAACAGCUUAGCCCCCGAAGGAAACCUACAUUCCCUGGGAAACGUACCAAUGAGCCCCCUUGUGUUCCUGCUAUCCAACCCACAGCUUUCCACUUUCAUUCACCACCAUCACCAUCAAAGCCAGCAGUUACCCUACUACCCGACGGAUGACCAGAGCAGCUACCGGCUAAGGGAAGCCACCCCCAAACCUAUUUUCAUGCCAAAUAUGGGAUGCAGACAUGACGGUGUCAGGGAACAGCUCUCCAACAUGGGGCAGAAAUGCAGUCGAUCCAGCGGCCCAUCCAAAUUGAGCAAGGAGAUGAGGUUCUGUGCGGUGUGCAGUGACUAUGCCUCCGGCUACCAUUAUGGAGUCUGGUCUUGUGAAGGCUGCAAGGCCUUCUUUAAGAGAAGCAUCCAAGGACACAAUGACUACAUGUGCCCAGCUACAAACCAGUGCACCAUCGACAAAAACCGAAGAAAGAGCUGCCAGGCGUGCCGGCUGCGCAAGUGCUAUGAAGUCGGGAUGAUGAAAGGCGGAGUGCGUAAAGGCCACAGGGGACGACACAUGCUGAAAGUAAAGUGCAAAGCAGGUGAGCAGGUUGAGAAGAGCCAUGUCGACAACGUGGACAGAAGGCUAACCCUGGACCUGAAGCCCACACCUGUCAACAGUGGGAAGAAGAACCGCACACUAGAUCUAUCGGUUGAUCAGAUCCUCUUGCAUUUGUUAGAAGCGGAACCGUCAACACAGUACUCAAAACAGAGCCACAACAAACCCUUCACUGAGGUUUCCAUGAUGAGUCUACUCACCAGUCUGGCUGACAACGAACUGGUUCACAUGAUAGCAUGGUCAAAAAAGAUACCAGGGUUUGUGGAUUUGACGCUCCAUGAUCAGGUGCAGCUGCUGGAAUGCUCUUGGUUAGAGGUCUUAAUAAUUGGUCUUAUCUGGCGCUCUGUGGAAUCCCCUGGGAAGUUACUUUUUGCCCCAGAUCUGUCCAUUGACAGGAAUGAAGGGAGCUGUGUUGAGGGACUGGUGGAGAUAUUCGACAUGCUCCUUGCAACCGCAUCUCGUUUUUGUACUCUGAGACUUAAACAUGAAGAGUAUGUGUGUCUCAAGGCUAUCAUCCUGUUAAACUCUGUUUUGCAGAUCAAUUCAAGCGGGCAUCAUUCAAGUGCCUUUUCCGUUCUCUCCAGCACCAAUGAGGCUCUGCAUGAUAGCCAGACCAUUCAGCUACUACUGGAUAAAAUCACAGACACUCUCAUCCAUUUCAUCGCCAAAUCAGGCUUACCUCUGCAACAGCAGUCUAGAAGACAAGCCCAGCUCCUCCUUCUUCUCUCACAUGUCCGCCACAUGAGCAUCAAAGGCAUAGAGCACCUGUACAACAUAAAGUGCAAGAACAUAGUCCCCCUCUAUGAUUUACUGCUGGAGAUGCUGGAUGCACACCGACUUCAUUUCCUAGGGGGCAGUGAGCUGGAGAAAGCAACAAGAUGAGUAAAGGAUCGCAUUCUCUGCCCACUUCAGACAGAAGUGGGAUGAAUUUGCAUGCAUAAUUGUGAGCAUUGCAGGCUUGAACCCCAACAGCAUGCUACCUGCUUUAACAGCACAGGACUGCAUUUCUUCAGCCUUAUCAUCACUGGAGUAAGCACACUCUAGCACUUAAACUGACAAAAUAAUCUUUUAUAUGAAAAAUGUAGUAGUCUCUUGUAGUCUUUUCGUGCGAGUGUUUCAGAUUCACAACUAAUGCCUUUGAAUCAAUAAGUGUUUCGCAAAGACCAGCUUCCUGGGACCUAUAUUUCAUUUAACAAAAACAAAAUGUUUGUCUGGAAUUUUAGGCUAGCAGUGUUGCAUUUUAUAUUCAUAAGUAAAUUGAUGGUACACUCUACCCUUCAACGUGAAAUGUUAAUUUGUAAUUUACAGGGAUAACAUUAUUAUGAACUGACAGGCUCACAGAUAUAAAGAAAAGAAUAUUAUUGUUAUAAAGGUUGUUCUAAGCACAAAUACAGUACACCCUGUCGCAUUUUAUGAUUUGUUAUUUCAUGAAUUUCACAGGUAGGCCAUGUUGACAAUGCAUUUUGAGUGUUUAUUAUUGCAGUGUGAUUUUGAACUUACUCAAUUUUGGACCCAUGAGGGGGCUAGUUUCCCCCCUUCUCCCACAUUUGUGACAAUGAAUAGUAAUCUCUAUGACAAUAACACACUAAAAGCAGUACUGCACUUCUUGGGGGGGUGGGGAUUCUAGCCUAGAGAUUUGCUACAACCAUACCCUUAAUUAUUUUAUUGAUCCAUUUAAAACUCUAUUCAGGUAUUAAACCCUUGAUUAUUUAAUCGAUAACCUCCAAAAUCUGCUAUGGAAUGGCCCUGGAGAACUGGAGCUGCACACCCCUAAUGUAAAGCUUUGAUUGGAUGAGUAGUCUUGGAAAAUGACUGGCAUCUGUAGUGUAAAAGACCAUCGAAACCAAAUAAUUAUUAAAAAAUAUCAAUGUUGUAGAGAUGCCUCUGAAAUUGCCUUACUCACUUAAUAACGAAUAGAGUUGCAACUGAUCUUUUUGUGUUAAAUAAAAAAUGUAGCACUUUAAAGGGCAUAUAUGCAUUUAACCAUGGUAAUGACUGAGUAAAUUCCAAUGGCAACUUAAAUACAUGGUAACUGCUGGUGGGCAAAUUGUGUUGUUACAAAGUAAUUACACCAGGCAACAACAUGUUGUUCACAAGGCAGUUUCCAUGUAAUUAAACACUUGUUUCACCAACAGUUACUGUAAAGUAGGAGCCAUUGGUAAUAACCCAAUAUUACAUAGUUAUUCUACUCUAUUAUCUAAAGUACUACCAAACGUAGGUAAUAUAUACAAGAAAUGUUUAUAGACUGCCAGUUUAUAAAAAGGCUCUAAAGUCAACUCCUGUUAAAACCUACAUCACCCCGCUCCUGGUUUUGACCACAUCAAAUAAUAAAUAUUUCAGCGGUCUUUCAUUUUCGUCUUACAGCAUUCUAUACCCAAUAAUCAUGUGACAUCCUAGACAUGUCACAUGUCAUCUCUCAAGUGGUAGUCUUUUCUAUUUUUUUCUUGGUAACAGUAUACAUAUUAACAAUGAAACUAAUAUAACGUGUACAUUUUGUUGUUAGACUGUGAUGACUACAGUUAAGAAUACUAUAUGUUCUGCACCUUACUGUUAAAUUGUGUUGCUCAUCUGUAAAUAGACAGCUGAAUGUAUGUUUUGCCAAUUUGUUAACCAACAGAAAAAAUAGCCCUAAGUCCUACACUACCCAGUUUACAUGGUAAAAACAUACAUCUAACAGACCAGGUACAUCUGUACACUAUUCAGACAUAGUUUAUAUUGGUGUAAUUAAUAUCCCAUGAUCAUUCAGGCUUCAAUUACAGACACACCUGCCCUAGUGAAAAGUGCUUUGAUUUUUUUUUUCGUGAAAUAAUAAAUGUUAGUAUUAAAGCAGACAUUAGAAAAGGAUGUAAGAAUUUAGCUAUCCAGCAAAUAUUUAUUAUGGCAAAUAAUGCAGAGGAAACAAUAGAGUGCAUAAAUAAAUGCAUCUAAAAUGUCAAAACAAAUAAUCACAUACAUUAUUUUCUUAAUUAUGAAAGUUGUCCUACUGUAUUUAACCUCUUCAUUCUUUGUACAAUUCGCAUCACUGCUACAUUCCCAAACUUCAAAUUUUACAGGUUUGUCCAGUACAUCAUUUCAAGUUGAUUGACAGUUUUGCCCAAAAGGUUUAUUGCUGUUGUGUCCUUUAGCAAAAAUAAUAUGUAAAAACGUGUCAAGGGCAUGAGAUUGAAAUUAAUUAACAUUGUCUUUUAAGACCAUGGGCUUCAUUUACUAAGCGUCGGUAAUGUGGCCAAAACUGAGGGAGGAGAAUUGAGAUGACUGUCAUGGUAUUUUCCAAUGUGUCACGCCCUAUUUACAAACAUUUUAGAAGUAAAUAUACCGGUCUGAAAAAUUCUAAUUAGCAUACAAAUUGUAGAUGGCAACAGGUCUGAAGUUGCACACAGUAUUUAUUCUAUUGAGAUGUAAAAAAAAAUGCUGAUAUAAUUUAGUUUC